CCUACAUCGUUAUGAUGGAUCCUGCUGAAAAGAGAAUGAAAGACAUAAAAGAAGCAUUCGAUUAGUUUGAUACCGAUAACAAGGGCACUGUAUCAACAAAGGAAUUAGGUACCAUGCAUCACAAGUUACCUUUUCUAGCUAACAUUUUGAAAUAUUUGGGUCAAGACCCUACAGAUGAGGAGUUGGACAAUUACAUGAGAGAUUUGGAUCCUGAAUCUACAGGCACUAUCGAUUUCAUGAAAAUGAUGAAAAUAUUAACUAAAGCAGUCAAAGAUGAUGAUACAAUUGAUGAGUUAAUGGCUGUACAUAAAUUUAUAUAUAUAUGAACCUAGUCAUUUCGUGUUUUUGAUUUGGAUAAUACUGGAACCAUCCAAACAGCUGAAAUGAGAUACAUUUUAAUGGAAAUGGGAGAAAAGAUGACUGCUUAAGAUGUUAAGGAUAUUUUAAAGGAGAUGGAUCCUGAUGACAGUGGAAUGUGUAAAUAUGUGGAUUAUGUUAAAAAAAAGUAUGAGGACUUAUAAGUGGCUAAGGCUAAGGCUGCCAAACUUAAAGCCAAAAAAAAGAAGAAAUGA